UUAUUUUUCUUAAAUGAAGUUCUUGUAGCCUUCAGGGAUAUUCUGUUUCUAUCACAAGGUUCCCAAAAUAGCCAUUAGUGAGUUUGCUCUUUGGCACCUGUUCAUUUCUUAGUUCCUGCAAGAAGCUUGGCUCAGCUCAGUUGAUUGGACUAUAUCAAGUUUUUAAAGUUCAUCUUCCAUCAAGCUCUUAUUAUCCAGUUUCAUCUUUUAUCCCUUGGCUGUCUCCCUAACUCCCUUAGGAAUAUCAACCCUUUCCAUUUUCAUGGGAACUGUUGAUAUGAAUUUGUUCCAGGUCACAAUUUGGGUUCGCAGCAAAAAUGCUUUCAGAACAGACAGCAGCCCUAGGGCCAGGAUGGGAGUCGAUGAAUGUCCAGCUGGAUGGAGCAGAGCCCCAGGUGGAAAGGGGAAGCCAAGAGGAGGGGCCAUGGAGAAUGGCACCAGGGCCCCUGGAACACCUGUGCUGUGACCUGGAAGAAGAGCCACAGUCCCUUCAGGAAAAGGCUCAGUCGGCUCCCUGGGUUCCUGCCGUUCCCCAGGAGGGGAGCACCGGAGAUUGGGAGAUGGCAGCUGCACUUCUUGCAGCCGGAUCACAGGGCCUGGUAACCAUCAAGGACGUGUCCCUGUGCUUCUCUCAGGAGGAGUGGCGGAGCCUGGACCCUUCUCAGACAGACUUUUAUGGAGAAUAUGUCAUGCAAGAAAACUGUGGGAUAGUGGUCUCUCUAAGAUUUCCAAUUCCUAAGCUGGACAUGCUUUCUCAACUAGAAGGAGGGGAAGAACAAUGGGUCCCUGACCCACAGGACUUAGAGGAGAGGGACAUCCUGAGGGUAACAUAUACAGGAGAUGGAAGUGAGCAUGAGGGGGAUACCCCUGAACUAGAAGCAGAACCUCCCAGAAUGUUAUCUAGUGUGUCUGAAGAUACUGUUCUCUGGAACCCGGAGCAGGAGGAGAGCUGGGAUUCCAUGCCCAGAAGCUCCAGAGGAAUGCUCCUGGGCCCACCAUUUCUUCAGGAAGAGAGCUUCUCAAGUCUUCUGUGUAGCACAGAGAUGGAUUCCCUGUUAAGACCACACACAUGCCCCCAAUGUGGGAAACAGUUUGUGUGGGGCUCCCACCUUGCCAGGCACCAGCAAAUUCACACCGGGGAGAGGCCCUAUAGCUGCCUCAAGUGUGAAAAGAGCUUUGGGCGAAGACAUCACCUGAUCCGGCACCAGAAAACCCACAUGCAUGACAAGCCCAGCAGGUGUUCUGAGUGUGGCAAGAAUUUCCGAUGCAGCUCCCAUCUGGCCAGCCACCAGAGAAUGCAUGCGGAAGGCAAAUCCUGCAAAGGUCAAGAAGCUGGAGAGAGCCCUGGGGCUAGGAAACGGCAGCACACCCCACCGGUGCCAAAGUGCCACGUGUGCACCGAGUGUGGGAAGAGCUUUGGCCGACGGCACCACCUGGUGAGACACUGGCUAACCCAUACUGGGGAGAAGCCCUUCCAGUGCCCUCGCUGUGAGAAGAGCUUUGGCCGUAAACAUCACCUGGACAGGCACCUGCUGACCCAUCAGGGACAGAGUCCCAGGAGCAGCUGGGACCGAGGGACAUCUGUCUUCUGAUUUCUGUUUUUGCUGUAGCUGUGGUCACAUCUAUCAGCUGGUGCUGCCAGGAGUCUCUGCCAGAGCUGCCCCUCUCCUGCCCCCGAUGGCCAGGAUCAUGAGCCCUGGCCUCAUCCCUAGAAAGAUGAGGUUUCAGCAUGGGCCAGAGCAUUUUUCACCACUUCUGUGAGAUACCACAUAAAAUAGAGUUCUUUGGGCAAAAUUUUUGGGAAACAAUGCUUACUGCAUGGGCUGAUAUUCAGCCUGAGCCCAUUCUCAAGGGUACAGUGGUACAGGCGGUUUAUGGCUGAGGUCCAUUCUGAUGUGAUUGGAGCCUAUGCCAUACCAAUUGUUAAAUAUUUUUAGUAUCACCACUAUAUACUAUAACUCUUAUAUUCUCUUUACAUUAUAUAUGGAGAGAGAGAAAGACCAUGUUGGCAUAUUAAAGGCUCUGAAAAUGUAUGCAGUGAAGCAAAUUUUAAGCCUCUGAAUGCAAUGUUUCCUAAAUGUAUUUGACCUCAGUAUUCUUUCUAUCUCACAUCCCACAGAACUGGUGACUCCAUGAAACGCUCUGAUAACACUGGGUUAGAGUAAUGAGGAAAUAGAAAAGAGACCCCUUUUUUUAUCCAAGUGAAAGCUGAAGGGCAGCUCUCAUUCCUGUGUGGGUCCAUCACCUUUUCCCCAAUCAUCCAAAUAUACAUCCACACCUCUCAACCCCACCUGAUGAAAAAUAGAAAUAAUAACCUUUUCACCCAUGAUUCCUAGUUCUUUAUCCUGCACAUAUGUAUAUCCAGCUGAGAGAUCAUACUACCAUGCUAAGAGAUGGACCUUAUACUCACAAGUAAUCCAGACUCACACAGAAGAAAAAACUUCAUCUCCUUGGACAGUCCCCCUCUUCUCUUGACUGUGUCUUUAUGUGUCGAUGUGUAUCUGUGUGCAGGGUCUUUGAAGAGAGCAUGCAAAGUGCAAACUGUAAAAGCUAGAUUUUCUAGGGGCUGUGUUCUGGUGAUGAGGGUAGUGGGGAUUUUAUGGGGUUUUGUUUUGUUUCAAGAUAGGAAAUAAGCUGAUCUAUUAAGGGAGCCCUAGUGGAAAGGAUUAUGUGAUGGGUAGUGUUGUGGAAAUUGAGGUAUAAAGACUUCUUGAAUGUCACUGAGAUCAAGACCAGUGGAUAUAUAUUCCAUGUCCGAAUCUCUGGGCCACAGAUUCUUUUUGCUUGAGGGGAGAGAGAAAGAAACAUCCUCAGUGAGGUGGGCUCUUUCUUGUUGAUUUCAAGCAAGAUGCAUAUAGAAGCUUUAUGCUGAGUGAGGGUUUUUUUGUUAUGUGGUGUGUUUUCUUGUCUUGUUUUAAGUGCUGAGAAAUUAGGGCAGGAAUCACAGUGCUUACAGGUUGUUUUCAUUACUCUUGUUUGACUUUGAUGGCCUCAUCAAGGGGGCAGAGUUAUUCUUGAGGAUCUUAUUCUCUCCGAAACAGAACUUUAGGGGAAAUGGCUGUGGUUUAGUUUUGCAGCUGAUGCAGGGUAAUGAGCUUUCCAAUUGCUUUUCCUCACAAUUCUGGGAAAGUGACCAUGCUAAGACUCUUAACUCCAGGACUUGCAUAAUAUUCUAGCAUCUGUGCGUUGAUGAGUUGAUCAUUGUUUCUCUUUAUUGAUGAUGUGUUAAUACCAGUGUUAUAAUUUAAAAAUUAUCUUGUAUGUAAGAGCAGUUUGGGAUUAGGGAGGGAGAGGCGUGGAGUGGAGCAAAGAGGAUGAAAGUCAGUAUUUUUCUCUUUAAUGCUUAAAUUCUGGUUUUUCCUUAAUAGACUUAUCUUUCAACCACAGUUGGUGGAAUUAACCAGAGAGGUAAUAAAGUGAGCUGUAACAGUCUAAUUUCGUGACUGUCCCAUUUGCUUAGGGAACAUGGGGUGAAUCACAGCUCCUCAGAGCCCUGGACCCAUAUGGACUUGAAAAUAGGUCAUUUUGCUGAAUGGGCUUCUUAGAGUGGAUAUGACUUGAUCAGCCCAGUCCCUGACUUCUGCUGCUCAGAGCAGUCUUCCUUCUUUGCCUGGAAUGCACUUCUCUUGCUUGUAUUGAUAUGACUAGAGCAAAAUGGCCAGUCCUUUGUAAGGCGCCUUGUUCUAGGUUCUCAUAGACAGGAGUGUUCUAGGAUCAGUAUUAGGAGAUGCCCCAAGGAAUAGAAAAGUAUUGCCUUCCAGGAGUAAAACUGGACUAUGCCAUUUCUUUUACCCUCUCACUCCGCCUCAUUCAUUCAUGCAAAUCAGCUCUAUUAAGCAGUGGUUCAGAACCUGUUUUGGAUCACAUACUGUUUUGAAGAUCUGAUAAAAACCAGGAACUCAUUUUUGAAGAAAUAUACAUUAGCAGUUCACUCAGUUUUUCAUACACAUUUAGUCUACCCAUGGAAUCACUUAAACUGGGGUCAAAGAAAGGUCAUUAUAGUAUAUUUAUGUCAAGAAGUACAAGGCAAUGGUCACUAAAUAUUUUAAGGAAUGAGAUACCAGAGGCAGUAGGAUAUAAGAAUAGUCUGGUCUAUAAUGACUAGAAGGGUAUUGCUUACAAUCCACUCUAUUUUUUUCUUAAAGAUAUGGUAUACUAACAAAUCCAGCUCCUCACAAACAUUGUUUUAAAGACUUGUAGGAGGUGACUCUCCAUACUAUCAGAUCACACUCUUAGUAAUUAGAUGUUAACCUCCAGCCUGUAAUCUGUUUUAGUAAUUGUAAGGCUAGAAAGUGAAGCCCCUAAAGUGUAGGUGCAGUCGUAGCACCCAACUGAAAGGCAUCAUGGAGUCUAAGGGUCUUCUGCAGAAGGGGCAUCCCUUUAGGUCAUUUCCGGUGUACCACUCUUCUUCUCUACCUCGGUCCAACACCACUUCCUUUGGACAAAAAAUAAAAUAAGCAACAGCCAUCAUAUGGGCAAGUAGAUUUGAAUGAUUUUUUCCACAGGGAAUCAGCCUCAAACUCCCAUCUUCCAACUGCCUCUGCCACAUGUCCAUCCUAACUGCUUUAAAUAAAAAAUGUCUCUGUGUUCUCUCUGGGCAGAAUGUAAAAUAGGGAGGUCCCAUAUAAGAAACCUGUCACCUUUUCCCCUCUGUGGUACCUCUAUUCAAGGCGCAGGUAUCUUCCCCUUUGCAUCCCAUCAAAGUAUCUGUAAAGAAUCCCUUACACAGGAGAAUGUGACCCAAAGUGUUAGCUUUACCCAGAUCUGUUUACAUUUUAAGUGUUCUGAUAUCUGGUAGUGGAAGUGGAAGGAAAAUCUUUUCCCCUGUUAAAAUGAUGUUAUGCCUUUAGGGAGCUGAAGGUGUGAUAUAAUUUGGGACAAAAUCCUUCCCUUUCCAGCACUUGUGCAAUCAAACUGCUGUUAUCUAUUUAUAUCAAGGAUAGGGUGAGCCCUGACGCAGAACCAUGGGUACCAGAACCAUGGGUACCAGAACCAUGGAUGGGAGUGAGUGGGACUAGGCAGUAACAGAAAAGUAAAAUCUAUUCUCUUAGACCCCUUAGAGAUCCUGAGCUGGCAAAAUUUUUCUUUUCCCUGGAAUGCUCUAAUAGGCCUACGCUCUCAAAAUGUGUGAUCUUUGGUCCAGCAGCAUCAAUAUCAUCUGGCAGCUUGUUUUAGAAAUGCAAAUUCUCAGGCUCUACCCCAAACACACUGAAUCAGAAACUAGGGAUGGGGUAAUGCAGGGGAGCCCAGCAAUUAGUCUUUCAGCCUCUCUUUCUGGAUCUCUGAGGUAUGCUCAUGUUUAAGAACCUCUGGCUCAGAGAUUCAAAUUCCAUUUCAAUCAGCGGUACAGCACCCUCUUCAAAUGGGGAAAGAGGGGAUCUUUACAUAUGUUGUCAGAUUGAUUUUCUGCAGCCUCUCCAAGCUAGUUGUUUUUCGGUUCUAUUCCUCUUGAGUUCCAAGGCCUUCCUUCACUCUUUAAUCAAUGAAAGGACUGGGUCAGUCACCAGUUUCAGAAACUGGUGGGGCAACUACCACGUUGCUGUGAUUGAUUGGGGCUGGAGCUUCUAAAGUGGACACAGGAUUUGUGGGUCCAAAAACCUGAAAGGACAAAAGGAACAGACACACCAAAGGGGAAAUCCAAUGUAAAGCUGAAAAACUGACAACCAAGGAAAUGGUCCUCCUUUGCUAGUUAUCUGGUCCUUUUCUGGGCCUUAUAGUUGCCCUAGAGGCAGACUAGGUGGACAUUCAGCACAGAGGUAGGGAGUAAAGCCAACUGUCCCAAGCCCUUAAUCCAAGUUUUCCAACUUCAGAAUGCAUGGGAGAACAAUAAGGUGCUAUGUAAGGAAUUUCUAACCAGGAUUUGGUCUACUGUAUGGGCACGGGCAGCAGAGAAUCAGGGAGCCCUGAGGACAUAAGAGGGAACCAGGCUCAUUUAGUAAGAUGUGACUCCAGGGAGAUUUGAACCCAGACUCUACUAGGUAGAGGUUAUAACCCAUUAAGCCAUGGCACCUAUGUCAAGAAUGCAUUCUCCUGCCCUGGUCAGUAUGGCUCAGUUGGUUGGGCACAGAAAGGUUGCCAGUUCGAUUCCCAGUCAUGGCACAUGCCUGGAUUGUAAGCUCGAUCCCUACAGGGGAUCGUGUAGGAAGCAGUUGAUUGCUCUUAGGCUCUCACAUGAAUGUUUCUCUCUCUCUUCCCUUUCCCCCUUUCUCUCAAAAUCAGUAAAAAAAAAAACAACUUUAAAAAUUGUCUAUUUAAAAAACACUACAUUCUCCUACUUUGAAGAUUCUGUCCAAUUCAGGCUUCAGGAAGGGAUCAUUACCUCCUCCAGCUCCUCUCCUAGGCCUGCUCAUGAGGACAGGCUGAAAUGAAAGUUGCAAACCUGCCACCCCUAUGGGAAUCUCCAAGGCUAAAAGGUUAGAAUGAACCUACCUCUCUUUGGGGGAGGUGAUCAGCCCCUCUCCCCUAAGGCAGAAAAGAGCUUGGCUACUGCUUUCUUCAGCUCCAGACCUCAAGCUCUCUCCCUUUUUCCCUUCCUGUCAGCACUUCCAUAUUCCCCAAAAAAGAGCUCAUCCCCCACUCUUUUUUAAAGGACAUGUUUUAUUUAUUUAUUUAUUUAUUUAUUUUAAAAUUUUAUUUUAGAGAGAGAGGGAGAAACAUCAAUGUGAGAGUGAAACAUCGAUUGGCUGCCUCCACACACGCUGACCUGGGACCGAACCCACCGCCUGGGUAAGUGCCCUGCCUGGCAGGGAAUCAAACCUACAACCUUUUGGUAUAUGGGACAACGCUCCAAUCAACUGAGCCACACUGGCCAGGGGAGCUUCCUACACUCUUAACUCCCACUUCUCUUUUUCAGAUUGAUUGGUUUGGUUCAGUAUUUUGUUUUGUUUUGUCUGGGAAAUAUCACACCUUCCUGAAGGUGUUUGUUCUUCCCAAUCCCUGUCUUCCUUCCAUCAUAGUUCCUCUCUCUUGUCCAGUUUCUUUUCUAUCAGCCUUAAGCCUACUAAGCAGGGUCCAUUCCAUAUAUUUCCCACUUUCUUUUCUCAAAUUCUUGGCUUGGCUAUAGCAGCUCAGCUGCCAUCUCACCGUUCUGCAUCUCUCUCUCAUAUCCGGACUUAGCCAAAGUUGCUGGUACCAUCAGCUCCAUUCCCUACAGGCUCUUCUUCCCUUGAUGUAACUUUUUACUUUUCACUAUUUUGAUUUACUCAGUCCCUUUUUAUCUCUUGUGGCUCCUGAGAACUAGUUCCAAUUCUACAAGCCAUUUUUUGAACUCUUCGCUACAUGGUAGGCACUGGCUGUUCCAGGCCUGGGGGAUUGUGAUCAUGGACCUGUACUCAGCAUGUUCCUCAGCGGAGCCCUCUCCUGCCAUCACUUUCCUGCCAUGCCUCAUGACACUGUGCUCCAAGGUGCUCUUUUCCAGGAAGCAUUGUGGGUAUAUGCCUACUUGCCAUCAAGCCCAAUUGCUCCGUGCCUGCCAGAUUUCUAGCAAUUGUCUGACUUAAUUCCCUCAGAUGGACUGUGAACUUCCCACAGAUUACUCAGCGAAGGACCUUCGUCUGUAUCCUUAGGGAUCUAUAAUACGCUCUUUAUGAUCCCUGUCAUUGAAUAAAGAAUGUAUUGACUCAGUCACUGA